AUGUUGUUAUUCCCCUUCAUCUGUGGCGGAGCUUGGUCUCUCGCUAUAACCACCCUGCUUAUUAGUUCUGCAACGGCAGAGGUGUUUGAAAGACUGAGAGCAGUUCCUUCAGGAUGGAGUAUCGUGGGCACCCCAGACCCCAGUCAAGCUAUUCGUCUGCAAAUAGCCCUUCAACAACAGAAUAUCGCCGGUUUCGAGAAGGCGCUGCUGGCCAUGUCCACGCCUGGCGAUCCCGGUUACGGAAAACAUUUUAGGACUCACGACGAGAUGAAGAGGAUGUUGCUCCCCAGCGAUACCGCGGUUGACACUGUGCGUGGCUGGCUGGAGUCGUUUGGCAUUACCGAUAUCGAGGUGGAUGCGGACUGGAUAAAUUUCCAGACCACGGUCGGUCAAGCCAACGACUUGCUCGACACUCAGUUCCGCUGGUAUGCUAGCGAUGUGAGACAAGUACGGCGCCUGCGCACCCUAGAGUACUCGGUCCCCGCCUCAGUAGCAGUGCAUAUCAACAUGGUCCAGCCAACGACUCGCUUUGGGCAGAUUCGCCCCAAUCGCGCCACCGGGCAUCAGAGCCCCGAAAGAGUGGACUCUCGAUUCCAAAUUGCUGCACUAGCCGCCUCCAACGGCACCGACUGCAACACGGCGAUCACCCCGCAAUGCCUCAAGGCGCUCUACAAGGUCGGCGACUACAACGCCAACGCGCAGAGCGGGAGCAAAAUCGCCUUCUGCAGUUACCUGGAGCAAGUCGCCCGUUACUCCGAUCUGACUCUCUUUGAGACCAGCAUCGCCCCAGACACCCUCAGUCAGAACUUCUCCGUGGUCACUUACAGUGGCGGUGUCGACGACCAGACCUCCACCAAUGAUAGCGGCGAAGCCAAUCUAGACCUACAGUACAUCAUAGGCAUGAGCUCUCCGCUCCCGGUCACCGAAUAUAUCACCGGCGGCCGCGGUCUGCUUGUGCCUGAUCUGGAUGAACCUAGCCAGUCCGACAAUAAUAACGAGCCAUAUCUCGCAUUUCUCCAAAAUGUGAUCAAGUUGCCGCAGGAGGAACUUCCUCAGGUCAUCUCCACCUCAUACGGUGAGGAUGAACAGAGCAUUCCUGAAUCAUACGCCCGCUCUGUGUGUAAUCUGUACGCCCAGCUUGGUAGCCGCGGUGUAUCCGUCCUAUUUUCCUCGGGCGACUCAGGCGUCGGGUCCGCCUGCGAAACAAAUGAUGGGACCAACCGCACCCAUUUCCCGCCCCAAUUCCCAGCUUCCUGUCCGUGGGUGACCUCUGUGGGCGCCACUACGGGUACCAACCCAGAGGCCGCGACUUACUUCUCCUCCGGCGGUUUCUCGGACUAUUGGGCCCGCCCCGACUGGCAGGAGACUGCCGUUAGCGCCUACCUCCAGACAUUGGGGGAUAAAUGGCAGGGUCUGUAUAACGCCUCGGGCCGCGCAUUCCCUGACGUCGCUGCACAGGGAAUGAAGUAUGCUGUCUACGAAAAGGGUGUUCUAGAUUAUUACGAGGGAACAUCGUGCGCUGCGCCUGUAUUCUCCGCUCUUAUUGCACUGCUCAACGAUGCGCGUCUCCGCGUCGGCCGCUCCAGCCUAGGAUUCCUGAACCCCUGGCUCUACGGGACCGCUCAGACGGGUCUCACCGACAUUGUCAACGGCGGGAGCACCGGCUGCAACGGACGGGCGCGGUUCGACGGCGCAUCGAAUGGGAGCCCGAUUGUGCCGUAUGCGAGUUGGAACGCGACGGCCGGAUGGGAUCCCGUCACGGGAUUGGGGACGCCGAACUUUGAAGCUCUUUUGCAGAUUGCAUUGAACUAG